AUGUCACAUCACUCUACUCCGCUCAUUCCGACGUGGCGAGGCCACAUUGCGUCGACACUCGAUGCUCUUUUACUUUUCGAAGCUGCCUUGAGCGGUCGCAUCAACCACGUCCCUCGCCGCCCGCACGAUAGGGAGCGGCAAGAUCUCAUCAAGAGUGGCAGCGUUUUCAUUUACGAGGAGCACGCGUCUGGCAUCAAGCGUUGGACCGACGGCGUAUCCUGGAGCCCAAGCAGAAUCCUCGGCAACUUUCUUAUCUAUCGGGAACUCGACAAGCCCUUUCCACCCGGCGAGAAGAAGCGCGCCAUUCGCAGGAAACGAGUAACUCCUGGGUCGUCUGGCGGUGUGACCAAGACCGAAACCCCCUCGCGAUCGAGCAAUGGCGGCUUCCUGCCGCAGGCUUCGGACAGCACAAAGGACAUCGAGCGCUCGCUCAUCGGCUCGCUGGUGGACUCGUAUCCAUUCAAGGAGAAUGGCCUUGUCAAGAAGACAAUCAGCAUCACAUAUCACGGCAUCCCACACCACCUUGUCAGCUACUAUGGCGUCGAUGAUGUCCUCCAGGGCAACCUUCUCACCCCAUCCAGGGAUGCCGCGUUGAGGGACAUUGUCCCCCGUGUCGAGCUCAUGACGUCUCAAAAUUUUCGAGCCCCGGUUGAUGAGAUCGAGUACAAUCCGGACGGGACGCCAACCCUCCUGUCUGUGCACGGGAAUAUGGGCGAGUAUUCGGGCUCGGGCAGCAUCCUUCAGAGGGCUUGGAGUGGCUCCAUGCAGCCCAUGUCGGCCCCUUCAUACACGGCUCCCCAGGCAGCACAUUUUCCCUUUGCCCACAGUCAGCAGUCGCCCUACGGUGGCCAAUUGACUCAUGCCAUGUCUCAUGCCGUGGCCUCGCCGAUGCCGCCGCCACUGCCGUCGUCCAUGUCGCUUCCGGUCCCGGCUUCCAUUCCUCCGCCAAGUUCAACGGGCAUGCCGUUUGCUCCACACUCUCAGGGCAACUAUGCCCUCGAUCCUAAUCGCGCAGAGCGUCUCGGGGCUUCUGGGGCCGGCAUUGGCAGCGAGUUUCCCCGGAACAUGCCCACGCAGAGCGCUCCACGACGGCACUCGGCCUUUGACGCAGCCGGAUCGGCGACUGACCUGACGGGCUUGCCUUUGGGACCCAUGGGCGAGACUCGAGCCGUCCUGGGUGGCGGCAGCGCCUACAUGCACCCGCCACAGUCUCAGUAUCUCCUUUCUCACCGGCCCUCUUCUUUGCCGAACCACGACAAUCAGCUCUACUCAUCGUCGCGCGACGUCAAAGUAGAGCCCGGUGCCAUGGGUGGCGAUGAUGGCGGCGCGCACGCGUAUGGACUCGAUGAUGCGGGUGGUGGCUGGGGCUUUGACUCCAUGGACGGUUCCCAGGAGCAACAUUUUUACGGCGGCCAGUAA